ACUAAUUGAGAUUUGAGAAAUCAACAAAAAGUUUCUGAAGAUCUGAAUGUGCCAGGUGAAGAAGGCGGACAUACGUGUAAAUUAUAGUACCUUUUGUAAAUAGAAAUCAGUAAUUUUCGAGGAGAAUGGACGAAGACGACAUAUUGACAACACUCAAGAUUCUUAUUAUUGGAGAAAGUGGUGUGGGAAAAUCGAGCCUUCUGCUGAGGUUCACAGAUGACACAUUUGAUCCAGAACAAGCGGCGACCAUUGGUGUCGACUUCAAAGUGAAGACGCUGUCGGUAGAUGGAAACACAGCCAAACUAGCGAUAUGGGACACAGCAGGCCAGGAGAGGUUUAGAACAUUAACGCCAAGUUACUACAGAGGAGCACAGGGUGUCAUAUUAGUGUACGACGUCAGCAACCAGACCAGCUUCCAGCGGCUGGACCAGUGGCUGAAUGAGCUGGACACCUACUCCACAAAGGGGGACAUCAUCAAGAUGCUGGUGGGCAACAAGAUCGACAAGGAAAGGAGGGAGGUGACGCGGGACCAAGGCUUGAGGUUUGCCAGGAAACACGCCAUGCUAUUCAUCGAAUGCAGUGCCAAGACAAAAGACGGUGUCCAGUGUGCCUUCGAAGAACUCGUAGAAAAGAUUAUUCAAACGCCAGGUCUGUGGGAGAACGACAGCAAGUCCAGAGGGGUGUCGCUAGGGGGCCAAGGAGGGGCGGCAGGGCAGGGCUGCAGUGGCUACUGCAGCGUCAUAUGAGACGCUGUCCACACCUUCACAAGACUGUGCAUUGGGCAUCAGAUCUCCACAUUGGAACCAAAUCACGGAAUCAGAGACCAUGCUAUCACCUGGAUUCGUCUUCCGCAGUCAUGGAAAUUCCUGAACAAGUAUUUGCAGCAGUGUCUGCCGGGCAAAUUCUGGAAGCUGCGUCAAAUCGGAGAAAUAAGAGUGUUGGUUAUCCCGGACAGGCGGUGUGAAGUGCUUUGGAGACUCUCAAAUGCCAUGGCUUGAUAUCAUGGAAAAAUAUGAAGAUCCUUGAAAUUUUUGUUUAGGGGGGGCAGAAUUCUUUAAAAAAUACUUUAUUGUCCAAGGCAUGGAUCAAAUCAAAGUAUGUGUUAACAUCCGUGCAAAUGUAGAAUAAUUCUUUUCAACACCUAUGCUGUUGGAUUUAAAAAGAUUUACUCCACGAUGAGGCUUGCAUCAGUGUUUUUAUUGCUAAACGAAGUACACGUAGCUUCAGUUGGAUCAUUGAAGUUGGAUCAUUGAAGUUACAGAUGUGCUUGAUUUGUAGGGGGCGGGGGGAAAUGGACAUUGUGAUAGGGGAACAGUUAGGACAUGUAGUAAUUGGAGUCGGGUUUACACAAUGCCAUUUCAUAAAAGAGUCUUGCUAAAGUCAUUUUGUGGUCCAGCAGAAAUUGAACACGGCUUUAACCCUAAAAGAACCGGGCUGUUUUGUCCCAUCUCACCAGAUGCGGUUUUGUUGUGGUCAUUUGAAGCACAAGGCUACACAUGUAGAAAAAGUAUACAUUUUUGGCGGACCUGUCUCGGAAAAAUAUGCACUGCGCAAGAAUAGUAUGAUCGAUUUUCACAAAGUUGGUGUCUAAAUAACCCCAGAGAGUUACUCUUAAAAAGGCUUUGAGGCUCAACUCCUAUAAACAUGCACUGCGGCAAUAUCAGACAGAUGUUGAGGCCCCUCCCCCGGAUCUUUCAGUGUUAAAGCACGCAAAUGUACAUAGAAAGAUCUCAAAAAGGAAUUAUUUGCAUGAAAUUAAAAAUCGUUGGGUCGAUAAUGAUUUGGACAAUGUGUCGAUCCCAAAUGUUUUAUCAGUGUGGUGAAAUGCUGGUGGUAAGGUAGUCAUUGUUUAAUUGAACUGUACACAUUUUGGACUUUCCUAGUGUGAGUGUGGUCAUGUUGGAUGAGACAAAUUGUACAGUGGUCAAAUCGGGAAAGAUAUGUAACCCGUGUGUAGUAGCUACCUGUCGGAGUUGGUCUUUAGUUUCAACGUGGUUGAUUCCAGUUACCACAAAUCUCUUGAUUAUUCUGAUCCGACCCGAGGAAUAAUCUCACGCCAAAGGGAGAUCUCAACCAAUCAUGAUGCCGAGAUUUGUAGGUAGACGUAAAUAUUGAAAUUGGAAACUAUAUUAACACCAUUUUUAUUUAAUAGCUUAACCUGCUUCACUGUUGGAAUUUUCGGAGGGUGAAAUGUAAAUUUCCUAAAUUUUGUUUUUUGUCCUUCAUUUUCCUACAACUUGUCUUGGGUCUACAAGAGAAGAAGAAAUCUUCAAAAUCACAGAGUUACGGUGAUAAUUAAAUUACGUGGACAGGGAAAACCAACUAUUAAAACAGUAUGUAAUCUUUCAAAAUAA